GGUGAGGACCCAGCAGGAGCAGUCUGUAGAGAAAGCCCAGCCACAACCUUCCUCUUCAGCGGUCCGGACCUGCGGGGCGAGCUGGGUAAGGGGUACCCGGCCCUGCAGCUGCAGGCCAACCGAAGGACGGCGGCGGAUCCCAUCUGCAGAAGCCCCAGCUCCAGCAUCUAUGAACACCCUCCAGGAACACUACAAUCAGCUUUGUUCAGAGAAUGUACGGCAAACUAAUCCUUACAUACUGCAUAUACUCCAAAAAGUGGAUGAAGACAUUAAAAAGGGACAGGAAGGAGGAAUCACAGUAAACAUUGCUGGUAACAAUCACUUAGUCCCAGUACAAAAAAUAACAGGUGAAGAUUUUUGGCUUCUUUCUAAAGUUUUAAAGAACCAGUCACAUAUCCAUGGUCUGGAUGUGAGGUAUAACAGUAUAAGUGAUGUUGGUGCCUACUAUGCUUCAAAACUGCUUCAGAAACAGCCAAAUAUCACUUACUUAAACCUUAUGUUUAAUGAUAUUGGACCUGAAGGUGGAGAAUUGAUUGCUAAAGCCCUACAUAAAAACAAAACUCUCAAAUACUUGAGAAUGACUGGAAAUAAGAUUGCAAAUACAGGCGGCAUGGUUUUUGCUGCAAUGCUGCAGAUAAACUCAUCCCUGGAGAAACUGGAUCUGGGCGACUGUGACCUGGGACUGCAAAGUGUGAUAGCAUUUUCUACAGUACUGACUCAAAACCAAGCAAUCAAGGGGAUAAACCUGAACCGACCUAUACUGUAUGGAGAACAGGAAGAGUCUACAGUUCACAUGGGCCACAUGUUGAAAGAAAAUCACUUCCUUGUUGAACUGCAUAUGUGUAAACAUGGCAUAAAAAAUUUUGGUAUGCAACAGCUGUGCAACGCGCUGUUUCUGAACAGCAGCCUACGCUACCUUGAUGUCAGCUGCAAUAAAAUAACUCGUGAUGGAAUGGUGUAUUUGGCUGAUGUACUGAAAAGCAAUACUACCUUGGAAGUAAUAGAUCUUUCUUUUAACAGAAUAGAAAAUGCAGGCGCAAAGUACCUCAGUGAAACUCUAACUUCCCAUAACAGGAGUCUUAAAGCAUUGUCUGUAGUCAGCAACAAGAUAGAAGGAGAAGGGCUUGUUGCUCUUUCACAGUCAAUGAAAACAAACCUCAUAUUAUCUAAUAUCUACAUUUGGGGGAACAAAUUUGAUGAUGCUACGUGUGUGGCAUAUUCAGAUUUGAUGAAGAGUGGCCGGCUAAAGCCAGAUAACACAGAUGUGGAACCAUAUGUGGUGGAUGGACAUGUCUACCUUGCAGAAGUCUCCAAUGGCCUUAAAAGGCAUUAUUACUGGACGCCAACUUACGGAGAUGCUUAUGACCACGCAUCUACUGCAGGCUUUGCUCUUGUUCCAGUUGGCCAACAUCUAUAAGAAACAAGCUCGAAUAGUUUUCACACAUUUGUCUAUCAUUUUUAGAGACUAUAUUUUAUAGUCUAUAUUUUACCUUUAUAAAUUAGAACAAGUUAUUUUUUAUCAAAUUUGUUAAAACUUUGUGUACUUGCCCCUUGUUGAAAAAAAACUGAUUCUCAAUAUAGACUACACUAUUAACCUUGAAGAACCAUGGGGCUAC